CAGGGGGAUGAAAAACAAGCGACUCUCGCCCUAAUAACAUCCGCAUAAGAAAUAUACACACAAACAAUAAGCUGCAGUGUGUCCACCACUGCUCUAUAACGCAAUUUGUACACAUUCAUUCUACAAGUGAGUGACAUACAGGCAUCUACAGGUGAGCACAUUAAUUUUGUUUUUGACUAAGACGCUGCAAAACAUGGAGCACUGCGGCUUCCAGAGCCAGCUGCUGUCCGUCCUGGAGGUCCUGGCCCAGGCGGCGGUGGCGGAGAUAGACCGGCGCGUGGAGGACAGCUGCGCGGUGCUGCGGCUGGAGGUGAGCCGCAGCCGGCGGGACAUCGAGCUGCUGAAGAGGAAGAGUGAGGGCGUGGAGGCCGAGCUGAGGAGGACCAGGAUGAGAGCCAGGAGGAAAGUGUUUUAUCCUCCAGCAGCUGAGAGAUUCUCCCCUGUAGUUAAAGUGGUGUUGAACAGAGACACUCAGAGCACAGACUGGGAUGCUGAGGCUCAAAGUCAAAACCAGCAGAGCCUGGUGUUGCAGUGUGCCGACAUGGAGCCUGCUGAUAAACACAUCCUGAUCAAAGAGGAGUGUGGAGAGGAGGACAUGUGGAAGACCGACGCAUUAGUCUCUGAAGAGGAGCAGCCUCCAUUUCUCCACGCCUCCCAUUCCCAGAUAGACAGCUUCGCAGAGCGUUAUCCCUCCACUGAGAACCCAGCAGACCCCGGACCUCUGGUUUCUGUAACUGAAGGCUACAACGCUUUCCCAGAGCAGCAGCUGAGCACACAAACUGAGGCAGAGCUCGUAGUGAAACAGGAGGAAACACCCAACGAUAAUGCAGCUCCUCUUGAAUCAGCACACACAUUUGAGACAGAGGAAGGAGACGGACAGCUGUGGUCGUCCAAUCUGUGCAGAGACGAUGUGGGUCCGAGCUUUUCGUAUGCCGAGCAGGAGUUUGAGACAAAUCCCUCUGUGUUCCCGUCUGCAUUGGAAGACACGGGGCCUCAAAUUCACUCUGUAGGGAAAUCAGUUUCAGCUGCAGUGAGUGCAGCACGAGCGAAAAGACGAGCCAGGACGUUCGGAUGCAAGAGAGCCCAACCAGAUGAUGCGUCAUCUCAGAUUAACACCAUGGAUGAGUGUCUGAUUCCUCAGCAAUCGCAGCAUCAGUUAAGAGAUUCGGCCCAAAACCAGGAUUUGACGCCUCCAAGCACAACAUCCUCUUACCGCAGCAGUUUCAGCCUGGCGAGGAGGAUGAGGACGCCCUGGAGGACGGGCAUCGGCGAGAAGAGGUUCAGCUGCACUUACUGCGACAAGAGCUUCAUGAGGUUCAGUCAGCUGAAAGAGCACCUGAGGAGCCACACGGGGGAGAAGCCCUUCAGCUGCCAGCAGUGCGGCCGGAGCUUCACCAAGCAGUGCAACCUGAUCCGGCACGCCGUGGUGCACAGCGGGGAGAAACCCUUCCAGUGCUCGCUGUGCGGGAAGUGCUUCACACAGCGCUCCAGCCUCAAGUCGCAUCAGAAGACGGCACACUGAGCUCACAGGGGUUAUUUUAGACAGCCUGUGUUCAGUUACUGCCAUGGUUUUAAAAAAAACUCUCGGGGAUUUUUUGGGAGAUAAAAAAUGUUGGGUUUAUUGUUUUACACUGCUUUGUUUUUAAAACCGUUUUAUAUUAUGUCUUAUAUUUUUUAGAAUUUUGAUACGAGAUACUAGUCUGGAGUAGUUCUGUAUUCAAGAUUCAAAGGUGUAAGGGUUUGUAAUGUAUGAAAACUUAAGACGGUUCCUCAACAGUGCAAUUACAAGACAUAAAAUAAAAGUAGAAAUAGUGCAAGCUCAGGUUUUAUUAAUGUGUUCAUAGACUUAUGGCAUGGGGGAUAAAACUGUCCCUGAGUUUGGUGGUCUUUGUAGGGUCCCAAUAAUAACCCGGGUUAACUUGAAGUCACUUCUUGUUUUUCAAGGUAUUUCCUACCUCUCCAGGGAGACAGUAGUGUCCAUUUUUUGUUAUUGGACUCUUUAACUUUACACGUUUGGUGCGAUCCAUCACACUGAACACUAAGUCUAAAUGUCUUUCUGUUUUUAAGUCUUCACUACGUUACCUCCCAACAUAAAUAUCUGCAAAAAAUGGAGGUAAAAAAUGGAUUUAGCUGCCUAAAACUGGAGGAAAUCACAGUAAAUGAUAAGAAAUAUUAUAGCUGAUUUGUAGAAAAUUCCUCAAAGCCUCGCAUGCAAAAUCUCCAGUGUGUUUUUUUUAAAUGUGUGUCUCCCUAUUUAGAAAAGCUCAAUUACAGUAAGAUGAUAUAUUUGACCGUUAUAGUAAAUGAGCAAUUAAGGAAAGCUCUGUUAAUGUUGGUCUUGCUAACACCUGCAAUA